AUGGCGCCUCGUGGACCCAGUCAGGGACGUGAGAGAGAUCGUACUAGUACGCAGGAACCAGAAGUCAACCCGAAUAAUCCGGCCAUGGAGCGAGCACUACGAGUGCAGUUGGUGCCUGAAGAGCAGUGUGUUGAAUUUGCUACCUAUCUGCUCACGGAGGAAGCAUCGCACUGGUGGCAAGGGGCUCGACGUCUCCUACAACAGGGGAAUGAUCCUAUCACUUGGGAUGCCUUCCAGGUGGAAUUCUAUAAGAAAACAGCCAAGGAACUGGAGUUACUACAGCUGAAGCAAGGUGCUAUGUCCGUAUCUGAGUAUACAGACAAAUUUGAGGAGCUAUUCAGGUUUUCCCGCAUGUGUCAGGGAGCUCCAAGAGACUUUGAGGAAUGGAAGUGUAUUAAGUAUGAGGGAGGACUUCGAAGUGAAAUCCUGAGCUCCGUUGGACCGAUGGAGAUUAGGGUCUUCUCUGAACUUGUGAACAAGAGCCGUAUUGCUGAAGAAUGUGUGAGGAAGGUUGUUGAGGCAAAGAAUGACCGUCGGGAGUCCCACCGCAGGGAGCACAAUCAAAAGUACCCAACAAGGGGUCAAGAGUGUAAGAGAAGAGGAUACUCACAACGUUUUCCCCAAAGGCGAAAUGACCUUGCGACGAAUAGGAAUUCCCAAGGAAAGGGUAGGGAAAAACAAAUAGUGGCUGCCUCGGAUGUUUUGAGCUGUCAGAGGUGUGGAGGUCAUCACCCAAAUAGACCGUGUCGUUAUGGUUCGGGUUUGUGUUACAAUUGCGGCAAGCUAGGACAUUUGGUCAGAGAUUGCCCACACCGGAAGGAUCGGGAGACUGCCAGGCCCGAUUUUCGUACCUGA